CAGAUUUGACAAAAAAGUUCGCUCGAGCGCAUAACCACAAGCCGCUUCAUUUCAUUCUUUCAGUCAGGAAAUCUAAGCGAGUCUCCCUCCCUCGGAUGGUAUGUGUGUAUGUGUGUGUGAGUGACAAAUGACCGACCCACAGACCAACCGACCGAAUGCAAUGCUCAGAGGCCUCUCUGAGAGCUGACCUCACUCACAGCAGGCAGAUACAGACAGACAGACAGACCUCCACACACAUGUAAUGUAGCGGCUGGCUGGUGGCGGAUGCCACGUCUUUAUGUCCUGCGGGGGUGUCAUGUCAUGAUUGGGCCGCCUGCUGCAUCAUGGCCUUGGUCACAAUGCCCGACCCAAUCGUCCGACCGCUGAGUGAGUGACAAGGAACCACAAUCAAUCAACGAAUGCAUGCAUACGGGAGAGACAGACGUGUGUGUAUAAUGAGUGAGUGCUGCACUCCUCCCUUGUGUUGUGUGUACCAUACCCUUCUCUGAUUGCGAAUCUGAGCCCCGUUUCGAGCGGCACCAUCUUGCCGAGGUUCACCGUCACCUUGACGUUGUCGCCAGGCAUCGCCUGCAUGACAUGACGACACAUCCACACAAACAUACAGGAGUUUCUGUCUGUCUGCGCUUGCAUCCCCGUAGGGUAGCUGGUGAGUGCCAGCUGAGCUGACCAACCGACCAUUUGCACGUCCUCCGGUAGUAUGAGCUCGCAAGGUGCGUCUCCCGUGCGGAUGAAGGCCUGCGGCCUGUAGUGGCUCAUGAAGGGCUUCUUGCGGCCGCCCUCCUCCUCCUUCAACACAUACAGGUCAGCCUACACAACACACCACACAGACAAAUAUCCGCUCAGCCGUUGAUCACAUCAUUCAUGGACACAGAAAAUGUCUGUCGGUGUGUCCCGCCUGUCGCGUAUGUGUGUAUGUGGUUGAUGUGCACCUGGAAAGCGUUGAAGGCCUUGACGGUGCCUGGUGCCGCCAACACCAUACCCCUUCCCAGAUCCUCUGACAUAUCAAUGACACACAGACAGACAGGGGGACAGACAGGACAUCCAUCAGCAAAAGAAUCAAUCUGUAUGUGUGUGUGGGGGGGGUUCCUACGUCUCUUGACUCCCUUGAUCAUGACGCCCACUUGGUCGCCGGCCUGACCCUCAUUCAGUGUCUUGCGAAACAUCUCCACCUGCACACACAAACACACACACACACACACACCGUGGCCAAACACGUAAAUGCCCUCUCUCUCUCCCUCUCCCUUCGGCCAGCUGUCUGUCGUGUCUGGCGUCCCUACCGCAGCCGCGGUGGUCUUGAUUGGUUUCUCUCUGUAUCCGACGAUCUCGAUGGUGUCGCCCACCUUGACCCUGCCCUGCUCGAUGCGGCCCGUGACGACCGUGCCCUUACCCUGCACAACACAUACAACACACAACAAGCCAAGCCGAGAGGAGAGGAGAACAGUGCAGAUCAGAUGGAACAGGCGCUUGGGUGGUGUGUGGUGUGAGUGAAGGUGUGUAAUGGAUGGAGGGCUCUCAGCGUUGGUGGAGAGAUGUUUGUGCCUCGUCAGCUGACUGAUAUCGUAUCGGCAUUGCCUUCGUUGGUUGGAAGGCACACUCGUUCUUCCUCGAUCCCCCCUCCCCCCCUCCCUCCCUGUCUGUCUGCCUGUGGGAGUCACUGACCGUGAUUGCGAGUGAGUCUUCGACGGCCAUGAGCAGGGGCAGGUCCACCUUCCUCGCCGGCUCGGGGAUGAAGCUGUCGCACGCCGACAUCAACUUGCGCACCGAAUCCGCACCCCACUCGCCACUGACACACACACAACACACAGCACACGGCACACAUCACAGAGAGAGAGAGAGAGAGGCGCGUUCCUAGUCCAACCAUCCAUCCAAUGCUCUUGGUGUGUUUGCUUUGCUUACGGCUCUCCGCUGAGUGCUUGCCGUGCCGACCCCCUGACGAACGGCGUCUCUUCGCCCGGGAAGCCGUUGUUGGUCAGCAGCUCCCUCACCUGACACACACCACGCAUCGCAAGGUAUGACACACAGACAGACGUCGAAUGAAUGGAUGACCCAUGCAUGGGUCGACGAGGUAGGUACCUCUAGCUCGACGAGGUCGACGAGCUCCAUGUCUUCACACAUGUCCAUCUUGUUCAGGUACACUACCAAACGGGACACACCAAUCUGAUUGAUCAUCGACACACAUACACACACACACACACACACAGACACAGACACAGACACAGAAUAGACACAGACACAGAACAGACAGGCACACGAAUGACACACGCACGGGCAGGCAGGGCCUAUGUGUGUGUCAAUCGUGUGCCUUGCCUGGCUGGACAGCAGGAUGUGUUCCCUCGUCUGCGGCAUGGGGCCAUCGAAGGCAGACACAACCAAUAUGGCACCUGGGAGAAGGACAACGACAGACACGCACCAGGUGAUCUGCCGUGUGUGUGUGACCGGAUUUGUAUACCGUCCAUCUGUGCGGCUCCCGUGAUCAUGUUCUUGACGUAGUCAGCAUGGCCCGGGCAGUCGACGUGGCCGUAGUGCCUCGCUGGCGUCUCGUACUCGAUGUGAGUCGCGUUGAUCGUGAUGCCGCGCUUCUGCAGCCACCGAGAUAGAUGCACAGGCAGGCAAUGACAGCGCAUGAUGGCAUAGCGGGCCUCUGUCCCUUCCCCUGUUCCCUUGUUGCUUGCCUACCUGCUCCUCGGGAGCUUUAUCAAUCGACGCAUAGUCUCGAAAUGUCGCCGUGCCCUCACCAGCAAGCUGCACGCACCGUACCCAGCAGGCAGGGAACAUCAGCCAGCCACUCACCAACGGACAGACACAUCGCACACACAGCACAGCCCUUCCUUCCCACCCACUUGACUGACUCACUGACCACUUUGGUGAUAGCGGCAGUGAGUGUGGUCUUGCCGUGGUCGACGUGGCCGAUGGUGCCGAUGUUGAGGUGCGGCUUGGUCCGCUCAAACACGCCCGUGGCGAACGACCGGCGGACGCAGCACACACUGAGGCGCGGUGGGGAGAGGGAAGGGCAGGGGAGGUGCUGACACAACACGGCACCCUGUCGGGCCCUCCAUGGAAUCUGAAUAUGUCACAGACAGCAAAGAAUGACAGACACUGUGUAAGCGUCUGCGCGUCUGUGCUUUGCAUACAUGUGAUAAUCAGCAUACAUGUGAUCAUCUGAUACACGUGUGUGUGUGUGGUCACCUGCAGGGUGGCGGGCAGCGGCUGCACUAUCCUCGUUGAUGACCUCCACAUGAAUGCCGUGAGUGCAGCUCCCUCCUCUCAGGUUUUCUUUGCAGGAGACCGCUGCUGCACUCGCCCGGCCUGUCGAUGAGCCACCUUCGUUGCCGCUCCUGUCUGUCUGGAUGGGCUCCGCCCCGAAAGAGUGAACUCUGCAGCUCCCGAUUCAAGAUCUCCGACCGCAAGAGCCACAAACCUGUACAGCUGACACACAACUGCAGCUUUGGACCUUC